AUGGCCGGAGGUCAGGCCGCAGCCGUCGUGGUAGUUGUCGGUGGAAGGAAAAGGGUUUUCCUCAUACAGCUGGAGCGACGGACUUUCCUUUCCGGUGCCUCGCGUCACGUGGUCGGCCGCUCGCCCGUCCCGCGCCGUUGCCUAGGAGACUGGAAGCGGACGGGUAACGGCGCGCUGGGAGCCGGCGGCGCGCGCCGGGCUUCCGCCGGCCUCGAGCUGGUAAACGGCUCGGCGGCGCGCGGGUUCUCGUCCGGCGGGAGCGCCGGUUCGUUCGGGGCGAGGACCCGCUUCCUCCGGUUCAACGUGGGACGUUGCCUCGCAACCGCACAGCGAGAUAUCAACAUCUGUGCAUCACCCUUACAACUAGAAACAAGAAAGGCUAGUUUUCCCCCAUCAGGAACCAAAAAGCUUUAUUUUGACACCCAUGCCCUCGUGUGCCUUAUGGAGGAAAAUGGUUUCACCCCUCAGCAGUCUGAGAUUAUCGUGUCUGCUUUGAUAAACACCAUGAAUGGCAACGUGGCUGUGAUGUACAAGGACAUGGUCACCAAAGUACAACAGGAAAUAGCUCUUCAGCAGAUAAUGUCUCACAUUGGUGUUUUGAAAAAAGAUAUGAUCAUUUUGGAGAAGAGUGAAUUUUCCACACUUCGGGCAGAAAAUCAGAAAAUAAAACUUGAUCUUCAGCAGCUAAAAAAGCAAGUAAUGGAUGAAACUUUUAAAGUUCGUACGGACAGCAAAUUAGAUUUUAAUCUAGAAAAGAGCAGAGUAAAAGAAUUGUAUUCGCUUAAUGAUAGAAAACUAUUGAAAAUGAGAACAGAAAUUGUGGAAAUGCAUGCACAGCAAGAUCGAGCGUUAACAAAGACAGAGAGGAAAAUAGAUACAGAAGUUGCGGGACUGAAAACAAUGCUUGAAUCACACAAACUUGACAACAUUAAAUAUUUAGCAGGUUCUGUAUUUACAUGUCUUACAGUAGCACUGGGAUUUUACCGUUUAUGGAUAUAACAAUCUACUUUUUGAAAGGACUCAUAUUACCUUGCCUUAGAAGAAACAAAGAUGCAUUGUUGCCUAUCUGAAAUUUAGAC